CCAAGAAAUCCCGCUGAAAAAAUGAAUUCGGGUUACAAAAUGUGGGAGUAUCAAGUCUACAUAUUCGGUCUUGGCCCGGCGUUACUAUUCGAUAUCCUUCCCCGACCAUAUUGGUUAAACUACUGCAGGCUCGUACGUGGAUUUCAGUUGAUUAACCAGCAUUCUAUCAGCUGUGAAGAUGCUCGUACUGCUCAAGCCUUGUUUACUCAGUGGGAACUUGAAUUCGAGACGCUCUACUAUCAGCACCAUGCAGAACGUUUGCAUUUCAUUCGACCCUGCGUGCACCAAGUCAGCCACCUUGUACAUGAGACUGUCAAGAAAGGGCCUCCCAUCUGCUAUUCUCAAUGGACCAUGGAAUGUACCAUU